UUUUAUUUAAUGGAAUAUUCUUCUUCAAAUAAUCCUACUUUAUUACAUCAAUUAAGGCUUUCAUUAAAUGGCCAAUUAAGGAUUACAGGGGAAAUCUUUCCUGUUGCUUCACAUAUUAAAUUUAAUUAUUUAUCUCCAGAUUUUCUGCUUUCAAAUGAUCCACAAACUAAAAGACUUUUUAUUGUUCCGCAAAAGUUAAAUGUAAAUUCUAUGGUGGAAUGGACUUGUCCAUUUGAUUUGUUAUACAGGCAGGGGAUUAUAUUUUUGCAAGAACAAGUCAAAUUUCAACGCUUUCAGAUUUUACCAAACAGAAGAUCCUCAUUACAACAACAAUGGAAAAUCAGCGGCUUUUCUGUCGAUAGAAAUUUAAUUGCAUUUACCGUUUCAAACUUUUCUUCUCAUUAUUAUACAAAAAUUCCCUCAACAGAAUUAUUUCUUGCUAAAAUACCGUCUGAUAAUUCAAAAACAGUAUCUAUAGCAGAAACUCAUUGUGCUCUUAAUUUAAUUCCUUUUGAUAUCAAUUUUAUGAUAAUUAGUGAAAAAACACUCGCAGAACUGACAACAAGAGGGCCUCUUCCACAAAUGGACGAAACAUUAAUUGAGAAACUCAAUAGAAACAAAUAUAGACAUGCUACAAAACUCGAUGAAAAACUACUAAAUCAAAGAAAACAGCAAAAAACAACAACAAAAACAUUUAUUGCCAUAACAAAAUUUUUAAAUAAAAUAACUUCAAAUCCAACAAUUGCUUCAACAACAUUUCAAACAACAAUUAAAACAACAAUUGAAAAACAGACAAAAACAACAAUAAAAACACCAAACAUAGAAAAACAAACAAAUUUUGGAGUUAAAACAACGCAACAAACACCAAAACAAAUAUCAAAACAAAUAUCAAAACAACCAACAAAACCAGAACAAAAUAAAAACAUUGAGGUUAAAACACCAAAACAAACAACAACAGAAACAUCAGAACAAACUCAACGAACGAAAACAAAUUUUAAGUCUGAAACAGAAAAUUCUGGUUCUCCGAUUCAUUCAAUUCCAAUUCGUAUAAAACCGGAGAUAGAAGAGGAGGGAGAACAAUUGGGAGAUUAUAUUUAUGUUGAGGAUCCGUUAAUGGAAGAACUUCCAUUUGAUGAGGAGAAUGAUUUACAGAAUGAUGAGGAAGAACAUAAUCUAGUCCCGCUUCCCGGGGAGGAAGUGGAGGAAGUAAGAGAGGAAGGAGAAAUUCAAAACCAAACAGAAAGUCAAAGUUUAAAUUCGGCAAUUUUUGGAAAAGAAAUCGAAAGAUGGAUAUUAAUAGUUUUUACAUUAUUAAUAAUUUUGAGAUAUUACUAA